AUGGUGUAAAUAGAUAUUAUAAUUAUUGGAAACUCAGGGGCAGGUAAAACAUGCUUAGCUAAAAAAUAUGUUUCUGAUAACAAUAAUGAAAAUGAUGGCGAUGAAUAAACAAAUGGGAACCCUAAUAAAAUUAAUGGCUGUGAUCCUAUGGAAAUGAAACCAAAUCCUACUAUUGGAGUUGAUCAUUUUAAAAAAAGAAUCAAAGUAAAUGAUUUGAGCAUUAAAAUUGAUUUAUGGGAUACAGCAGGUUAGGAAAGAUUUGGUGCUAUUACUAAAUCAUUCUUCCAAAAAGCUGAUGGAGUUAUUCUGACUUUUGACUUGACAGAUUAUGAAAGUUUUAGAAAAAUUGAAGAAUACUGGCUGUAAUAAGUGGAAGAGAUUUCUAACAAAAGUAUUAAAAAAAUAUUAAUCGGUAACAAAGUUGAUAGGAACGAGGAUAGAAAAGUUAGUGCUCUUUAGGGAGCUAAUCUUGCUUCUAAAUAUAACAUUAACUACUUUGAAACAAGUGCAUUAACAGGAGAAUCAGUCAAUUUAAGUUUUGAUACACUGGUAAAAUAAUGUGCAUUUGCAAUCGAAGAACAUAAAGGAAAUUAAACUGAAGACAACUUUAAAGUAAUCCCUCAUAAAUCUAAAUAGUUGAACUGCUUUGAUAAAAUGAAAGAAAUUUCAGAAAAGUUCUUUAAAAUGAUAACUCCUUCGAAAAAAAACAAAUAGAUAUCUAAAAUAGAUAGUACUAAAUAAAGUAAGCCAGAUGAUGCUGUAGUACAAUAGUAAUUAUAAGAACUAAAUAAUAACAUGGGUGUGUAAUAGCAGAUGUAAGAAAUUAAUCAUGAAAAAGAAUAAUCUAAAAGUGUUUUAAAUGAAACAAACGAAACCUAGUAAUGA